CCGCCUCUUCAUUUCGAUUCGAAACUAGUACAAGUAGAGAGCUUUAGAGCAGAGCGGCGCAACCUCAGAAAUGGAAGCACAGCCGUUCGUCCCCAUUCCCAUUUCUUCUUCACCCAACCACUUCCUCUCUCCUUCUUAAUUAGCUUCCCAUGCCUCUCUAAUUUUUACUUCAACCAAAAAAAAAAUAAAAUAAAAAAAUCGUUGCGGAAUCUGUGUGAGCCGUCAACCACUUUCCCACGCCUCCAUUCAUUCGACGCCAUCCAAGUCCAGAGUUUGCUUUUGAAUCUUAGCAUGAAUGUGGUGAAAGCAGCUCCACCGUCGAUUUGUGGCUUUAAACCGCGCGACGUUGAAUCUGGGCCUCCGGCGACGGCGACGGCGGCGGCGAAGUUGGGGUUCGUGAAGGUGAAUGAGAGCAAUGAGAUUAAGAGCUUGGGUUUGAGUUGCGGAGUUGAUGUAGGAUCCAGGGGUUUGAGGCCGAUCAAGGCCAUGGAGGACCAAACCGUCUCUGUGAAAACUGAUCGCUCCGCCAUUAAUGCUCUGUUCGUUUUGAGCGCAAAUCAAAGCUUUUUGAAGCUGUUCUCCCAAAAGAUGUCGACCGCGGGGAAUUCAACGAACAUCGUGUGGCAUAAAUGUGCGGUGGAGAAACUGGAUAGGCAGCGUUUACUUCAGCAGAAAGGCUGUGUCAUAUGGAUUACUGGUCUUAGUGGUUCAGGAAAAAGCACGGUGGCGUGUGCUUUGAGUCAAGGCUUGCACUUGAGAGGAAAGCUGACCUACAUUCUUGAUGGUGACAACGUUCGGCAUGGUCUAAAUCGUGAUCUUGGUUUCAACGCAGAGGAUCGUGCAGAAAACAUACGAAGAAUUGCUGAGGUCGCUAAGCUGUUUGCGGAUGCUGGCAUCAUUUGUAUUGCUAGUUUAAUAUCUCCUUACCGAAAGGACCGAGAUGCCUGCCGUGCACUAUUUCCAGAAGGAGAUUUUAUUGAGGUGUUCAUGGACGUGCCACUCAACAUAUGUGAGAAUAGGGAUCCGAAGGGCCUCUACAAGCUUGCACGAGCUGGAAAAAUCAAAGGUUUUACUGGGGUUGAUGAUCCAUAUGAGCCACCUCUAAACUGCGAGAUAGUGUUGCAGCAGAAGGGGAGGGACUGCGUCUCCCCAAGUAGUAUGGCUGAAACGGUGAUAUCUUACUUAGAGGAGAAAGGGUAUCUGCAAGCCUGAUAGCUGAGAAAAGCUUCCGCUUCCCGAGUGCCAGAGAUGCUCUUACUUGUAACGUAAUAUGCUGCAAAGCAUUAUUUUUUCCCAGCUAAAAAGAAAAAAGUAAUUGCAAAAUAGAAUUUCUCUCCUUUCCCGACUAGGAAAUUGCUCGUUUCCUGCCUGUUCUGGUUCCAGCAAUUUAGUUAAUCAAUCGAUUAAUGAGUAUAAUUCGUUCGAAAGCUACCUUCUGAAGUGUGGCUUUUGAUCCAACAUGCAAUAAGUUAGUGGAACCUGGCAAAGGAGAGUUUUUGUUUUAUUUUUUGUCAAAGUGGAAUUGGAGGUUCAUGUAUUGGUUAUCAAUUUGUAUGGAUAUACAUGACACAUGAAAAUAUUUACUGUAAAGUUGCUCACUGC